GUCCGGUGUCGGAACGAUCUUGCUGUGCAUCACCGCCGCCCGACGAUUCGUUCUCGUCCGUUUCCCGCGCACAAAUACGCCACCGCCAAUACCGCCAGCAUGUCGUCCGAAACGCCUCGGCGACACCAACGGCCGUAACCCACCGCUCGCAACAAUGACCGCUGCGAUGUCGCCGCUCGUGCUGGUACUGGCGCUGCUGCUGACCGUCGCCGACCGGGUUCAGCCGACGCUCGACGGUGGAUCCGCGGCCGUCCGACCCGAGGCGGACGCCACGGCCACGGGCGUCUGGUCCAAAUUUGGGCUGGUCGUCCAGAAGCACGUGGCCGGCCAGUCGACGCCGCACACCACCGAGACGUCGGGCAUAAUCAUGAGGGCCCCUGACCCCCCGUCCCCCGGUGUCGGCCCGCCCUUGGCGUCGACGGCCAUUGCGCCCACAGCCCUGGGCAAGUCGUGGACGCAGAUAUCCGUCACACACCCACCAUCUCGGCUGCCGUCGUCACACCCGCCGGUAAAGUCUACGGCCGCGACCACUGCCAAGUCCGUGGUGGCCACCAGCACUCAAGAGGUCCGCCGAGACAUACCGUACAGGUAUCAGCCGACGAUGAGCACCACCAAGCCGGUGAUCACAAUCACCUUCCCACCACCCCGCCUGUCCACCGCCCGACCGACCGUCGGUACGGAGGAGGUGACCUCCAAACGGGUCAGACAGUACGAGGACGACGAUGACGACGACGACGAUGACGAUGACGACGACGAAGACGAAUACGACGUGGACGACGACGAAGAUCACGAGGACAAGGGUGAGGAGGAAGAGAUCGAAGAGAUCGUCGAGGUCCAACACAUAGACUCUUCCGACGGUUACGGGGAAGAGAAGCCGGCGAUCGUUAAAAAGAAACGCAGGCGGAAAAAGAAGGGCAAAAAGCACAAGCCGUUCAAGGUGAAGGACUUCAAGAAAUUGAAGAAGUUCAUGUUGCCGCUACUGUUGGCGUACAAACUCAAGUUCUUCACGCUUGUGCCACUUAUGUUGGGUGGACUGGUGCUGAUCGUGGCCACCACUGGUUUUGCUGGGUUCUUUUUCGCGUUGUUUGCGGUCGGCCUGGGUCUCAAGGGACACCACUGAUGGUUCUCCGAUCAAAUGGUUUGCUGUGUACAACCACGCGUCACAUGGAAGAAGUGCAGGGCGCAGGGUGAUGGCAUUCAUGUCUCUCGUCAGCGGACACACAAAAGACGCGAAGAAAGGUCAACUCAAACAAAAAUAUACGAAAAACGACAAAUAACGAUGAGAAACAAAUCAUCGUUAUAAUGUAUUGAUAUUAAAUAAUAGAAAAUUUAUUAUUAUUAUUAAUGUCGUUAUCAACCUUGAUUUAACAUAUUUAAGGCAUAUCUUAAAGCUCUACUAAAAAAAAAGAGGUAUAUCUUAAAUCGUGUUAUCAACUCGUUGACAUACUAUAAUUUAAUAUUAAUUAUCCUUGUAUUGCUCAAGUCCGAUUAUACCUUAAUCAAUGAUCUGUAUUCGCUGUGCAGUAUACGGAUUUAAUUUUGUUUUUUUCCUCUAUCGUAAUGUUCUUUUCGUAUUUCGUAUUAAUCAGGCUUCGUUCGUAUUUUACAUACAAACCACACGUCGAUUGACGUGCACAUUAUUUUUAACGAGAUAUUAUUGUUAUAAUUAAUUAUUAUAUUAUUUAUUUAUUUAUUAUUAUUAUCGUUAAUGUGUAAAUAUACAGUUAUAAUAUUAGUAUUAUAUAAAAUAUUUAACCGUGAAACAACGCAUAUUGUACAAACGUUAUAACAUUAUUAUCAGAACAUAUUAUUAUUUAUUAUUGACGGUAUCAAGUUCAAUUUUUUUCAUUAUUGUCGAAAUUAAUUUAUCUUUUAUUUAUUUUUAUAAGAAUUGGGUGAAACGAAAAAAUUAUGACACAUUUCGAAUUAACUCGUCUUCGUGGUUUGACGCACGUCAAUAUAGGUAAUACCGCGGACUGAAUCCAAUUGCCAUGAUAUCGUAAUAAUUAUUAUAUUUUGUGCCCGUUUCGGGUAAAUAAUGAUAAUAUUAUAUAGGUAACAUAUUUUAUAUGUUUAGUAAUUAAAUAAUGUUAAUAAUAUUGUAUCAAUCAUGUACAUCAUCUGAUUUUACUGUCCGCUGCAUUAUUUGACGUGAAUUAAUACGAACAUUGUCAUAAUUUUAUCAAUCAUAAUGUUAUGUUAUGUUAUAAUAUAAUUAUAUAAUUAUGUAUUAAUCUAUUUUUUACCUUUAAAGAAAUAUACAUAACUUGUUCUAAAAUAUACUAAUCUAUAAAUACUAAAUCUGCGUAACGAAGGUUAGGUUUUUGAAAACACUAAAAUACUUAGAUUCAUAUAUAAAAUUGCUUUAUUCCAAAAAUUAAAUUAUAGAUAUCAAGGUAUAGGUGAAUUUAUAAUUAUAAAUAUAUAUUAUAAAAUAAAUACUUAAGGAAUAGGUUAAACAUAGGUAGAUAAGAAAAUUAUUAAACACAGUAGGAAAACUGACUAAGAACUUUUAAAACUAUCCAUGUGAACCUAAAAUAACGAAUAUACGCAUGUUUCACAAAAAUAAUUUCGCUCAAAUUAUGUAAAUUAUAUUCUAUCCUAGAUUUCGUUUAUAGUUUUUCAUUUUAGAUUUUAAGAUAUUGUGAAAUGUAGCUAUUAGUUAAUCAUCGUUAUAAUAUAUCACUUAUCACAGUAUAUUUCAUAAAUUCUUAAUAGGUAAAUAGUAUUUGAAUAAAUAACAAUAGGUACUAUAUAAAAGCAUCCACAUGCUUUUACACAAUGCAAUGUGUAUUGAAUACCCUGAUAGUUCUAUAAUU